AUGGAUCACGAGAACUAUACAGUAGUUACAGAGUUUAUUUUGUUGGGAUUGUCCCAAAACCAUGAAGUCCAGAUGAUUCUCUUCUUGUUCUUCCUGCUCUUCUAUAUGAUCAUUCUGCCAGGCAACAUCCUUAUCAUUCUCACAAUUCAGGGGGAUUCCCAACUGGGAUCACCCAUGUAUUUUUUCCUGGCCAAUUUGGCAUUCUUGGACAUCUGCUACAGUUCUGUGACCCCACCCAAAAUGUUGUCUGACUUUUUCUCACACCAGAAGACCAUCUCCUACAGUGCCUGCAUGGCCCAGCUUUUCUUCCUCCACUUCCUGGGAGCAGCUGAAGCUUUCCUGCUCAUGGUCAUGGCCUAUGACCGUUAUGUAGCCAUUUGCAAACCUCUUCAUUACAACAGGCUUGUGAACAGGGGGAUAUGCUGUGUCCUGGUUGGAGCUACAUGGGGUGGGGGCUUCAUCCAUGGCAUCACUCUAUUUGGUCUCAGCAUCCACCUUCCCUUAUGUGGUCCCAACAUCCUGGACAACUUCUUCUGUGAUGUCCAUCAGUUGGUCAAGUUGGCCUGUGCCAACACUUACAUAGUGGAGCUUUUGAUGUUCCUCAACAACGGAGUUGUUAUCAUUAUGUGCUUUAUACUUCUCCUAAUCUCCUACACUGUCCUGCUGCUGAAGCUCUGGACACGGUCCUCCAAGGCAAAGAACAAAGUAGCCUCCACCUGUGUUUCCCACAUCAUUGUGGUUUCUGUCAUGUGUGGCCCAGCGAUAUAUAUCUAUGGUUUACCCUUCCAAGCUGUCCCAAAAGAAAAAGUUGUUGCUGUUUUCCAUACAGUCAUCUUCCCCUUGACUAAUCCCAUGAUCUAUACGUUGCGUAACAAGGAGAUCAAGGACUCUAUGUGGAAGCUGUUGAAAAAAAAAAAGAAAAUCAAAUUUCUUACAAGGAAAAGACUUAUGCAGAAUAAAACAGGACUUUUUCUUUUCCCCUACAAACUGGUAAUUUAUUCUCAAAAUGGAAUUUCAGAGAACUGUAGAGACUAGAACUUUCUGGACGUUUACAUUGCCUUUUGGUGAAUACUCUGCAGGUAUUCUGUAUUUUUUUCCCUCACUGUUGGCUCCUUAGUGUCAGUCCUUAUAAAUAUAUUCCUGUUUUCUGCUUGCAAAUUGCAGGUUUUUUUCCACAGAUCCAAAAAAGAAAGCCACACUUGAUAUGAAAUCCUGUUUUGGAACAAUCCAUAGCUAAUACUCUAUAGAGACUUCUUUGGUUUUGUUUUACAUAAAACCAGAAUAUCUUUUGCAGAAGUAUGAUGGGAGAGAAGAGAAGGCAAUCUGCUUUCAGUUCAAAUCCAACCAUCCUCUUUUGCCUCAGUGAUGUCUGUAGCAUAAGACUAAGACUGAGCUCUGGUAAAAAUCUGAAAGACAGAAAUGCUGUAAGACAGCUAUUGGCAGUGCAGCAUAGACCAUCUUCCUUCAGACCUGUCCCAACAUGUGGGUAAUGUCUCUGAAGCUGUCUCCAUUAAGAGAUAUUACAAGUGGUAAGCAAGCAUUUUCAGAUCAUUUUCUCUUUCCUAGUGAUACUCUCUCUCCUAGCAUAUACACUGGUAUUGGCAGUGCAUGGAAUUAGUCUUCCUUUCAGUAUUUUUCUCAGAAAGAGUAGACACCUCCAGCAACCUGCUGUUUCUGGGAUCCAACUACACAAAAGCUCCUGGGUGUUGUUGUCAAGUUACAAAAUCAUACAGCGUAGGUCUACUCAGAGGAGCAGGGGAUGCAAAUUUACUUCCAACAGAAGAUGCCAGCAACCGUCCCUUAUAGGAUUCCUGAUGCCUGUGUUAAGGCAAGUGCUGGGAUUCAAGAAGAAAACAAAAUCUCAAAUCACCUUGAGCUUCUGGUCAUCCAAAACAGAGCAACAAUAAUUAGCAGAUGUGUGAUUCUGUCACCACAGGGCUAAUUUAAAAGUUCUUGGAGUUCUUGGGGGGCUUCACCUUGUUUGUGUGGAUCAGGACUACGUGCAGAUGCAGGAACCUUGUGAUAACCAGAACGGAAAUAAGAUGGGGAUUUUCUGUGUAGGAAAAAGAAGUAUCACAGGCUGCUUAUAUUGUAAGUGGAACAAAGCCCCAUGACUCGCAGCGGGUAAUAUUUAGUCAACUCUUAACUAGUUAGCUCACUCUGUAGUCAGCAGAGAGAAGCAGACAACACUGGUGGGCAGUUCACCCAAGACAAACCUACCUUUGUGAGGUGCCUUGAGGGUUGCUGCUCUCUGAGGUUUCCCAGAUAAUCGCACUGGACAGGCAGACAUGGCAUAGGGCCAUCCAGAGACACACAGUCAUCUGGAGCGCUGUUGGGUGGCUAAGUCUGUGUCCCACAACAGAGGUAAGGCAGUAGCGGCCUAGGCUGAGGACACUGAAUUGUAUUUUUAAGCUCAUCCCUUGGUACCACGCUACAGCUAGAGGAGAUCUCUUCAAGGGAGCAGCAGGCAGGAGUCCUCUCUUCCUGAAGCAAUGGUCUAAGGGAGGGUGAGAAGUGUAAUAUCCCCAAAGGCCUUAUUUCUCCAGCCUGAUUUAAAGGUAUUACGCUGACAAGCUCAGAUGUAGACAAAUGUUCUGUAGAUGUGUGAAAUCAGAGGAGAGGACUUCCUCCGAGGUGACUGGCCUAGGCAAAACAUGUUCUUGCAAAUAAACAAGUGAGUGAAAUUCAGCACUGGGAUUCAGAACCAGCAAAGUUCUUCCAGGUCCAAGUGCAAGGGCCAUAGCUGACCUGGGACGCGCGGAGGAAGAAUGUCCUGUCUUCUUUGGUAUAGAGUCUGAAAUUGAGGGAACUGCUUAAAUCAUUGAUCUCUGAGAGGGUAUUACCUCUGGGCUGUCUUUGAUGGUUGUUCUACAGGUGGUAGUCAGAGGUACACAGGUGUCUCUACUGCCCUGACCCAGUGACCAGAAUAAAGCUGGGAAAUUAUUAGCAGAGUGUCUCAAAACAUGUCUGUAACGCCUGGGAAUGAACAAAAAUAGCAAAAUACAAGAGAAAUGAGGCCGAAGCCAGCAGUGAUCAACGUGCUGAGGAAAGGAGACUGAAAGAGAUUGGAAAACACUUCCCUUCAGGCACGUCUAGAUGUGGCACUUCAGGGCAUGCUCUAGUGGCAGAGGUUGUAGGGUUCUUUUGUUUUGUUUUGUUUUUUGUGUGUGUGUGUAUGGUUGGACUCGAUGAUAUC